CCAAGGGACGUGGAGAAGGCCAUCAGGGAGGAGUUCAAGCUGCGCCUGGUGAGGUAUCUGUCUCUCGCCAUUUCCCAGAAGCUUUCCUGAUCAAAUUCAAGUUUGGCCACCACUGCUCGGCGGCUCUUCAGAAGGGCAAAGCUGCGGCCACCGGGGUGGAGGUGUUCUUCACCAAGUGGUGGAGCCUCCAGGAUGCCGAAGGCGCUGCGCUGCUGUUCCGCGUCCGCCUCUGCCUCGACCGCGUGCCUAUGCACGCCUGGAGGACAAACAUCGCUGAGCGGAUCAUUGGCAGCAACUGCGCUCUCGAGGGGAUUGACACCAACCUCGACCAGCCGGAGGAGACCAAGACAAUCAACCUGUGGGCGUGGAUGGCCAAUCCGAGCUCCAUCCCCAAAUGCGUGUGGCUGACCUUCACUGGCCGUGCGCGGGACGCUCGCCUAGAGGCAGUGCUUGUAUCAACCACGCCGCCAGAGCGCUGGCAAAGUGGGGUGAAGCACUGCGUCAUCGUUCAUCUGGAAGAGAUUCAAGAUUACAUGCUGGCGUCCGUAAACCUCGACGACCGGACCUCCUGCACUCCGGCGAUCCGACGGCUGCCUUGGCUACAUCGACGGGGAGACAACGCCGCGCCGGGCUGUCGAGCGCGCGGCGCGCUCUUUCUCGCCACCAUGCCCGGACCAUUCGCGCCAUGCCGGAGCGAAUCUGCAAGGGAAGACCCACGGCGCGACGACAGGGACGCCAGGGAACGCCAACGUCGGGGCUACAACAACGACCACCCGAGCAAAGGCGAAUCCUGGCGGCGACGGAAGGAUGACGACAAUGACCGGGACCACCACGGCGGCGACCGCGCCCGCCGCGAACACGAAGCGAGCAAGCACGCGGACGGCCAUGGCGGGGAAGGCUACCGCGAGCGGGAACGCUCGCCCAGGCACAGCAUGGGGCGCGGCGAGCAGUAGCCAUGGAGAGCGUCACCGACUCGCGGCGGCUGUGCCUGUCCAGAACGCGGCGGUCACCCCACAGCAACUCCUCCAACUCGGCGCACUCCGCGACAGGAAGGCAAUCGAACUCCGAUUUCUCUUUGCUAACCAGGCAGCCACGAUUCAGGAGGCAGCCAAAAACUUCCUCUGCAGGCAACAGGGGACGCCGGACGGCAAGCUGGCCUCCCUUCACGCGCAACUCGCCGACUACAUUGACAAAGCGGUGGUGCUUGGUGACAAGUUUCACUUGCUGCAAGAGGAGGAUGAAGCCUGGUCCGGUGCUGCGGGAACCAAGUCCGGGUGCAAGGAGGUACCGAUGGUCAAGGUGAAGGGUGCAUUCCCACGAAUCCUGGGCGACUUGACGCGGCCUCAUGAGGACUGCACGGUCCAGGAGGUUGAUGCCGCGCUCCACAACUUGCAGAUUGAGCAGAACCUUACAGGUGAAGCAGGUGGGGAAGAGCCCGUGCACAGCCAAGAUGGUGAAGACUUCAGCAACUCCAAUGCAGCACUACAGGCCGCACAACAAGAAGGGGUGCAGGACAGCCCGGCCAACAGCAACAUCCUCGACGUCCUCUUCACCAAGCCUGACCACGUCGUCCCCGACAACGUGGUGCCAGUGCGGGAGAACACGGAGGACAACAGCCUGGAGAACCAGGAGAACCCACCGGCACCCACAGAACCAACCAAGCGCCGUCGUCCUCGCCGAGUAUUUGACAUGUCCACGGUACGUCGAAGCGCUAGAUUGUCGUCCUGCCCUCCAAUGCCAGCGGUUCAGCGGGCACAGCACAAUCUGUGCCGCAAAUUGGGUCUGAUCACGGAUGAUAUGAUGCCAAUUGAGGGGAUUCUGCAGGACUUCUUGAAGAUGUUCCGGGGACCCCUUCCUCAGGACAUCAUCGCUGCUCUGACGGUCAUCUUCAACCUGGAAGAGCCGGGCGCUGACGACCUUGAUGAAGCAAUGGCGGCGAUUGCAGGCGAAGCCAUCGACGACUUCCAGGAUGCCAGCGACAACCUACAGACAGAGUCAGUUCAGGCAGCCGCCCGAACGUUGCCGCCGCCAGCUAACCAGAGGCGCACCUUUUGCUAUGUUAUCUGAACCUUGUGAUGUUCAGGGUGUUGCAGCAAGCGUGCCCAGUAGCUGCUGCAGUCCAUUUCCACCCAGUGCUUGUGUAUGCAACUGCAAUGCUUUCCUAAGGAAAAAACUGAACCCUGCCGUUCUAUUUCAA